GACCAGACGCCAUCUUUAACAUAUUUUGGAUGCCUCUUGGUGUUUGGAAAUCAUUUCGGCUUAAGCGUUUUACGCUGUAAAUUAUUUUGAUUUCAUAGUCUAGCGUUCGAAAUUGUCAAAUACCAACUGCAGCAAUGUCCAAGCGCAGACUGGACAUUGGGGACCCGUACGUCCGCCGCACUGACAUGAAAGACGGUGGACCAAGUUCAACCAAGAAAACCGCAGUUCUUUUGCCGACCAUCGUGGCUCCAAAAAAUCCAUACACCGGGCUGCCUUUUACACCAAGAUACAAUGAGCUGCUUAGAAAAAGGAUGUCCCUGCCCGUAUGGGAGUACAAGGACAAGUUCAUGCAGUUGCUGCGAGAUAACCAGUGCAUCGUGCUGGUUGGUGAAACCGGCUCUGGAAAAACAACACAGAUUCCUCAAUGGUGUGUGGAAUUCUCGAGAUCGUCGGGCAAAAAGGGAGUCGCGUGUACUCAGCCACGUCGAGUGGCUGCGAUGUCUGUGGCCCAGCGUGUGUCCGAAGAAAUGGACGUCUGCCUUGGACAAGAAGUUGGUUACAGCAUCCGUUUUGAGGACUGCUCCUCCGCAAAGACAGUUUUAAAGUACAUGACAGACGGUAUGUUGCUUCGAGAAGGAAUGUCUGACCCCAUGUUGGAAAAUUACCAAGUGAUCUUGCUCGACGAGGCCCACGAAAGGACUUUGGCUACCGACAUCCUGAUGGGAGUCUUGAAAGAGGUUAUCAAACAGAGGCCUGAUCUCAAGUUAGUUGUCAUGUCAGCUACUUUGGAUGCUGGAAAGUUCCAGCAGUAUUUCGACCACGCGCCCUUGAUGAAUGUGCCUGGCAGAACUCAUCCUGUUGAAAUUUUCUACACUCCGGAGCCAGAGCGUGAUUAUCUGGAGGCGGCGAUCAGGACUGUCAUUCAAAUCCACAUGUGCGAGGAAAUAGCCGGAGACGUACUAUUGUUCCUGACUGGUCAGGAAGAAAUCGAAGAAGCCUGCAAAAGAAUCAACAGAGAAAUAGACAAUCUCGGACCAGAAGUUGGAGAACUUAAAUGCAUUCCCCUCUACUCAACCCUUCCCCCGAACCUGCAGCAGAGAAUUUUCGAAUCUGCUCCUCCACCAAAGGCAAACGGGGCCAUAGGAAGAAAAGUGGUUGUGUCCACCAACAUUGCCGAAACUUCGCUGACCAUUGACGGAGUCGUUUUUGUGAUUGACCCUGGAUUUGCUAAACAAAAGGUCUACAAUCCCAGAAUCAGAGUGGAAUCUCUUCUUGUCUCGCCGAUUAGCAAAGCCAGCGCGCAGCAGCGAGCUGGUCGUGCAGGACGCACACGGCCUGGAAAGUGCUUCAGACUUUACACGGAAAAAGCUUUCAAGCAGGAGAUGCAGGACAAUACGUACCCUGAAAUUUUGCGUUCCAACUUGGGAUCUGUGGUACUGCAGCUGAAGAAACUGGGCAUUGACGAUUUAGUACAUUUCGACUUCAUGGACCCGCCUGCACCUGAAACUCUGAUGCGUGCUCUGGAACUUCUAAACUACCUGGCCGCCUUGGAUGACGACGGAAACUUGACUGAGCUAGGGGCCAUCAUGGCUGAAUUUCCGCUGGACCCUCAGCUUGCCAAGAUGUUGAUUGCCAGUUGUCAGUUCAACUGCUCGAAUGAAAUCUUGUCGAUCACGGCCAUGCUCUCAGUCCCCCAGUGCUUUGUCAGGCCAAAUGAAGCCAAGAAGGCUGCCGACGACGCCAAGAUGAGGUUUGCACACAUUGACGGAGACCACCUUACUCUGCUGAACGUCUACCACGCCUUCAAACAAAACAUGGAAGACGCACAAUGGUGUUACGACAACUUCGUAAACUAUCGUUCGUUGAAGUCGGCAGACAAUGUUAGACAGCAGCUCUCGAGAAUCAUGGACCGAUUCAACCUGAAGCGCACCUCCACAGAGUUCACAUCCAAGGACUACUACAUGAACAUCAGGAAGGCCCUUGUCAGUGGAUUCUUCAUGCAGGUUGCACACUUGGAAAGAACGGGACACUAUCUUACCAUCAAGGACAAUCAGAUCGUCCAAUUGCAUCCCUCAACCUGUCUGGACCACAAACCCGACUGGGUCAUCUACAAUGAGUUUGUCCUCACCACUAAAAAUUACAUUCGCACAGUCACUGAUAUCAAGCCGGACUGGUUGCUGAAAGUGGCCGCUCAGUACUACGAGCUAAGUAAUUUCCCUCAGUGCGAAGCCAAGCGGCAAUUGGAACAGAUUCAGGCGAGGCUUGACAGCAGGCAAUUCAAAGAGGGAUUUUAACCUGGAAACAUUAUUUGAUGACCCGAUUCUUAUCACAAACUAUGAUUAUUAAACUAUAGUUACUCUAAAAUUUCAUGGAUCACCAAUGGACUUUUCAUUUUAUUACUUCAAUCUGAAU